AGCUAUUCAAAUGCCUGUCAGUGUAAUGUCAAAUUAGAAGGAAAGAAGUGAGUGAAGUUUCGUGUGUACUGUGUUCUGUGUGGAAAUGAAUUAAAAUAUUCGCGUAAACGUACUAGUGUAAAACAAAGGUUUUAGCAAAUAUGAAGCCACUAAUAGAUUUUGAUGAAUGUCUCAGAGAUUCGCCUAAGUUUAGGGAGCAGCUGGAAACUGAAGAAGCCAGCAUUGAUUCGUUGGAGCAAAAACUUGAUAAAGUUUUAAAAGCAUGCGCUGUAAUGAUCGACUCUGGUAAAAUCUACAUGAGUCAUAGAGGCACAUUUACAAAUGCACUAUGGGAUUUAACGGGAAGCUUCUCAGAAGACCCUCCAGUGAUGGCAACACUGAACAGAAUGAUCCAUUCUCUGCAAGAGAUGAGUAAAUUUCACUCCAUCCUGCUGGACCAAGUUUCUCGCACUGUGCUCAAGAAUCUCACUGCUUUUAUUAAAGUGGACAUAAAAGGUGUCAAAGAAAGCAAAAAUCACUUUGAAAAAAUCUCAAAUGAUCUGGAUACUGCUUUAAAUAGGAAUUCACAGGUGUCCCGUCACAAAUGUGCCGAAGUGGAGGAGGUGAUGAAUCUCUUGCUGGCCACUCGGUCAUGCUUCCGUCACACUGCCCUCGAUCAUGUACAGAAGAUCACCAUGCUUCAGGCCAGGAAGCGCCACGAAAUACUGGCCACUUUCCUGUCGUACUUGCAAGCGUGUUGCACUUAUUACCAUCAGGGUGCCGACCUGUCAGAGGAUUUGGAGCCAUUCCUCAAGACAACCGCUGAAGAUAUCGCAGCUAUGCGUAACGACACAAAAAUACUCGACAAAGAGAUGGAAAACCGCCAUACGAUAGUUAACAGUAAGGAUACAGUGCUGCCUAGCUGUAAAGCCAGUGAAGCCGACGGGGACUGUAAAGAUGGAAUGUUGAGCACGCCAUGCCUUAAAAACUUACCUCGGAUGCAAGGAUACCUGUUCAAAAGGACUUCGAACGCCUUCAAGACUUGGAACAGGAGAUGGUUCUACUUAUACGACAAUCGUCUGGUGUAUAGGAAAAGAACGGGAGAGCUCAAUGUAACUGUGAUGGAGGAAGACUUGAGACUGUGUACUGUGAAGCCGGUGCUUGACGGCGAAAGGCGGUAUUGCUUCGAAGUAUUGUCACCAUCUAAGAGUCACAUGCUCCAAGCGGAUUCGGAAGAGAUGCUCAACAGUUGGAUUACAGCACUUCAGAACGGGAUUCGCUCCGCCAUACAACAAGGACAGAGUCGGGAACAUCCUGACACACAACUCAUAUUGGUACCAGAUGACAGACCUUCAGAGAGUCGACACAGUGUUACCAAUGUUAGAGGCAUGAGGAAGAUCAGGAUAUGGGAGCAACUUUUGAGCAUACCUGGCAACAACUACUGCUGUGACUGUGGCAGCCCGAAUCCUCGCUGGGCCAGCAUCAAUCUUGGCAUUACUCUCUGUAUUGAAUGUUCCGGCAUACAUCGAUCGCUAGGCGUGCAUGUCAGUAAAGUGAGAUCACUCACCUUAGAUGACUGGGAACCAGACAUAAUAAAGGUAAUGGCAGAAUUGGGCAACAAAAUUGUGAAUAUGAUCUAUGAAGCCAAAACUGAAGGGACGACCAUUCCGAGGGCAACUCCGGAUUGCGACACAGGUGUCCGUGAAACAUGGAUCCGCUCCAAAUACGUGUCGCUGCUAUUCGUAAAGGAUUUGGUCGGCAGUAGUGGGGCUUUAUCUUCAACUACAGACAGUCCGCUAAGGACUGGCCGACGUUGGUCCGUGAGGCGAGCUAGACGCAGGGUCCGGACUACACCUUCAGUGCCAGAAACAAUUACAGACGAAAAAAGUGAUGCCAACAGUAAUACAAGUGUGUCAGAAAGUUCAAGCAAAUCGGAUGGCAGUCCGGUGUUGCUGAUCGGCAGUGAGUUGGCAAGCGAUCGGGCCGUUGAUCUCAGUUUACCUUCUGACCACGAUUCUACGGAAGGAGAGGACAGUGAUGAGCUAGCGGCCGAAGACAUGUCUCGUCUAUCUCCGGACGCAGUGUUGUACCUCGCGGCGCGUGCACACAACGUGGGCGUGAUGCGCGGCGCCCUCGCGGCCGGCGCCGACGUGUGCGCGACACUGCGGGACGCGCGCACGCCGCUACACGCCGCCGUGCUCAGUGGUUCAGUAAUGGCGUGCUCGUUCCUACUACUGAACGGUAGCAAGAUGAACGUGCAAGACGACCAGGGAAAAACGCCUCUACACCUCGCCACAGAAGCGGGACACACUGGCCAGGUGUGCUUGCUACUCCGAUACCGCGCGGACCAGUCGAUAGUCGACAACGACGGUCAGACGCCGCUUGACAUCGCCGUCAAUAAUGCCAAUGCUGAUAUUGUUACUCUAUUAAGGCUGACUAAACUGAACGAGGAGAUGCGUGAAAGCGAGAUGUCGUCCAACGAUGACACGUACAACGAAGUGUUCCGCGACUACACGCAGCUCGCUCACUCGCACCCCGAGCGACUCGUGCGAGCCAAGCAUAACAACAACGAAGGAGAACAGUCGAGCGAAUGACGUAGCGUACCAAGCAGUCGACGCCGGUGGCUGUGGUAGCACCGAGUGCCCCCGACUGCGCCCGACUGCGCCCGAUCGCCAAAUCUAAGCAAGCCUACUAUCGUUCGCGUACUAUGACGUCACUGGGAAGACAACGACGCACCAUUGCAGGUGGCAGCACUUUCGACUCGAAACAGGUAUCGGUAGUAAGAAUUUACUAUGAAAGAGAUUGGACUUGGAUUUGUUUUGAAUAAUGGAUGGAUACUUAAAACAUGGUGAAUGACUGCUAGCUGUUGUUUGUUGUACUAGUUCUUUAAGCAAUUGUCUUCUCCAGUAACGUGUGUUUUAAUCGUCCGCUACGGAAAUGUGCUAAGUACACCCAAAGGCUGUAAGGACUUGUCCAAGCGACGUGUUACGAAUCUUUUUAUACACAUACGUUAUUUCCUGUACUUUUACAUUGAUAUUGACAAAUCAUAGUGAUAUACUAAUCGCGAUUAUCAAAUAAAAUUGUUCCAAAAAUCGGGUAGUUUAAUUUCGACUUAAUGUUUUUGUAAUAAGGUUAUUAAUUAUAUUAUACUAAGUGCUUAUGUGGCCAGAGGUCGGCAAUAUGAUCUCCAUUAAAAUUUUAACGAGGCUUUGAAAAAAACUUGCUGCCAAACAGACAUAAUCAUUUUAUAAUAAUUUAGAGAGAUUUUGGUAGUUGUUCAAAUAUGAAUAGAUCAGAGAUUUUGGUAUUUACGCAAAAAUAUUAUAUGAAGUUAAACAAAUUCAAGUCUUUCGCAGCGGAAGACAAUUAUAACUUCAUAGUAUUGACUCCCGGUUGUCAGAAUGAAAUAACAAUAUAAUUGAUUCUGUCCAACAACAAAUUAAUAUCAUAAAAUAAGGAUUAUCUAUAGAAAAAUUAACCUUUCAUUUUGAUAUUUACUCUCUUUUCUACCCCGGUUAGAUUUUUCGCGCAAUAGAAUCAGGGUGUUACAUUAUGAAAUGUUAAACAAAUACGCUUACAAGCGAUUUCUUCCAUACCUGUUGACACUUUAGUGCUGUGUACAUAAAUAUCGAUAUUAUUAUUAUGAUAAUAGGGUAGUGUCCAGGGUCGAAAUAAUGAAAUAAUAUUUAGUCCGCUUUUUAGAUAAUCAAAAAAUAUUGGAUACGUAUUUUUUCUUUUUUUAAUUAAACAUAAAAUGACAAAGAUAAUACACUUCAAAAAUUAGGAGUGGGGCCUUUUACGUCACAGUGUCCUGAAAAUUGUAGCAACUUGUGACGUCACACUCAACUUUAACACGCUAUAUCUUAACAAGUUCUGAUCCAAUUUAAAAAAGAAAAAAUACGUAUCGCUUAAUUUUGGACAAUCUACAAGACGGACUAAUUAUUAUUUUUUAGGAAACUAGCCUAUUAAUGUUACUAUUGUAAUGAAAUCAAUGUCGGAAGGUGGCGAGUAACGUGUGACGUGUAAGCUUUAAAUGUUAAGUUUUAAGUAUAUAACUAAAUAAAUAAGAUGCUGAAAACUGUAAUCCAAAAUUUAUGUAAGCCAAGUGACAUCACUAUUUGUGUACUCGAAUUUCUAUACAGCUUUUUGUGCGUUAUGAAGACGAAUGGUGAUAAGAUUAUAGAGGACAUCUUGCUUGGUUGAAAUUAAAUUCUGUUAAAAAAAUCUUCUACCUAUAACUUAGAUUCAACAUAAUAUAUACCAUGCUGGGUAGGAGUACAUAAAACACUGUGAAGGUUCUGGUUAGUCUUUCCCAGGAUUAAUGCUUUAGUUUCGGUUUCUGAACACCUGUAUCGAUUUCUUCAAAUGUUUGUAGUUCCCUAUUCAAGUACCCUAGAAAUUAACGCGAUGAAUUAAUUUAACAACAGUUAAUAUUUUAUCUUGGAGUCUAUAAAACUUGUCCUAAAGGGUCCUAGUACAAUUAAGUAUGUUUUAUUGUUAAAACAAUAGUAUCCGACCUGUCACUACAAAGUCUUCAAGUAGGUAGGUAUACGUGGGCCAUAAUUCUAAAAGUGGUGUGAUUAAUCUUAUAAACCAAAGAUUUAAGUAUUGGUUUUAUAUUGUUAGACAAAAUAUCUAGAGUAGUUGAAAAUAAUCAAUUUGUUAAACUUUCUGGCCUAUAAAUUCUCAAGGGAUUUAAGUUUUUUUUAUGGUGUUAGUAUGAGUGGAAAAUAAUAACUAACAUUCCUGUGAAAAGCCAUUCCUAUAAUAUUGGCAUUUAAUGUAUUUUUUU